AUGGCACCGCAUGAUGGUCUCGGCACCCGGGGAAGUGAGGUCGACACCGUGUCANUGAACGACAGACGCUCGGCAGACUCUCACAGCACAAACGAGAGUUCAAGGCCGUCGUCGGUGGAGACCAGGAUUAGAGUCUCAAGUCCGAAGUCGACGGACAUGGUGGAGAAGGCAGUGUCAUCAGAUGCAGAGCAGGCUGGCCGCGAGCCUCUAGUCGAGGACUUCCAAACUCACUAUGUGCAUCCCGCGUCACCCAGCAGAGAGGCCACGGCACGUCUUCCCAUUCCCAUACGAGUAUCCGCUCCCAAUGGCCGCCUCCCGAGUUCGCCCACCUUCGACCAAGACUACUCAGACGACAGUGACGACAACUUGGCCCCGCCAGACAUCUCCAGACACAUAAGCACUUCACGAGCGAAGAUGGUUGAUGUUCCACGGGCGAAUUCCUUACUGUCAUCUGCGCAACCACCGACUGUCUCGACUUCCCGUCCCGCGUCCAAGCACCACCACAAACCCAGAGAUUCAGGAUCCUACAUUGGAACAUCUCAGCCAAACACCCCCGACCGUAUAUCUAUGGACACUGAAUACUUCCAGAAAAACNAAAAGAGAAUAUCGCUAGAAUCGGCCUCGCAUUCGAGAGCACCCUCAAAAGCUCCCUCGGUUGCGCAUUCGGUGCUGACCCUACCUCCUCUUCAGGCUCCGGGUCCUGUCGAUGAUGAGGUAGACCGCCUGCAACCUUUGUUAGAAGAUGAUCCAGCCAACUUCGAUCUCGUGGCCGCACCACCAGAAGAAGUCAGUGAGACAUAUCAAUUAGACGAACAUGCCGAACAACUCCUUUCACGAGACCAUCUUGAAGCAAUCUUCGCUGAUCGCAAGACCCUGCUAAAGUUCACUGGCUUCCUCAACAGCCAUCGUCCUCUAAGCAUACCAAUUCUUGUCUUUUACAUGGAUGCCCUGAAAGCUCUGCGUGCCAUCAAAUAUGCGAAUGCUGUGUCGAGCGCAUUGCAUCCCGUUUCCGGUCUCGAUUUCACUUCUGCGCCACCUCAGACUACCCAGAAUCUAGAGCUGCAGAAAAAAGCCGAUCAGGCAUUCGAUUUGCUAGUACGAGAAGACUUGCCAGCAUACAUCACGUGGACAUGGAUCUCCAUCGUGAGUACAAGUAUUCAAAGGAGAAUCACCGGAACCUUGGCACCACACUUGAGAGAAGCGUCAGAAGGACUAGCCGAAGUAUUCUGCUUGACAGACCCUUCCAGGAAGGACAACCCCAUUGUAUUCGCUUCGGAAGAAUUCGCUCGCACGACACAAUAUGGUAUGGGCUACUCGAUUGGUCGCAAUUGUCGCUUUCUUCAAGGACCGAGGACGAAUCCACACUCAGUACGUCGUUUGGCCGAAGCGUGCAAAGUACCCAGGGAACAUAGCGAGAUCUUUGUCAACUAUCGACGCGACGGCAGCCCGUUCAUCAACCUCCUCAUGACAGCACCACUUUACGAUUCUAAGGGUACGUUGAGAUACUUCAUCGGAGCUCAAGUCGACGUAUCUGGACUGCUAAAGGAAAUGACUGGUAUGAACGCACUCNAAAAGAUGAUGAACCGUGAUGAGGACGAAGACGGUCAACAGCAACUGAACGACGAGUUCCAGAGCCUGAGCGAGAUGUUCAGUACCACCGAGUUGGAGACUGUAAGGCAAUGCGGAGGUCGCAUGCAUCGCGAGCAAAUUGAUGACGAGCGAGACAACGGCGUACAACCCAGACCCCGCCUCUUGAUAACUGACCAGUCAGACGAGGAAAUGAAUCAAUUGGCUCAGCUACCCAACAAUCCAACUUCUGGUCUCAAUGGAGUGCAGCGUAUGCCUGAAAACGGCAAGCUAGCAGGUAUCAUUGGAGGCAAAGAGUUUGAUCCGAAAGCCAUGAAAGAAAAGGAGGAAAGGGAGAGGGCUAGAAUCGACAUGAUCGUCGAUGGAGACGUAGAGAGACCUGGCAGUGGCUUUGCUGUUCGUUCAGGUCUCGCAAGGGAGACGAACGGUUUGAGCGAUGCAGGAAGUGUCACUACCGCCGGGACCGAUGCUUCGUUCCAGAUUCGCUGA